GGAGAAAAAAGCGUUAAUAGUACUCUUUGUCCAUAGUUAGUAUAAACUUCCUCCAGUCAGAAUUAAUCUAAACAUAACUCAAGAAAUCUGUCAUUCUUUUAGACGUUUUUGACUAGGAUAUCUUCGUCCCGCAAUUUUACAUCAAAAUUAAAAUAUUUGCUUGAAAUGAGCCUUCUCUCGUUGAACGACAACAAAUACUUUACAGAAGAAUUCCUACUCUUGACCAAUCAGCGACGAAAGGGGCGUAGACUUCGGCUCCGAACUUCGCCUUGCCUCUCGGAAAAAUCCCGUGUGCCCGAACUGCCGAAAAACACCUCACAGAUUUUCAAAACGAACAAAAACUUCACAAAAUGUCGUCAUGAUAUUUGCACGAAGUCUUCCGAACUGUUUUGGAUGGGAAGCAUGCGGACGCUGAAGCAUCUGUGGUUGCAACCCAGUCUAUAUUGGGUUGUUGGUUAGGUUAGGGACGUCCCAUUGAGCCCGAGAAGCACUAACCAUUUAAUCUGUCGCACUGCUAACGUUAGCUGCUUGAGAGUGACUUUCAACCGUUUGCUAGAUGUUGGACAUGAACUUUCACCACGUGGCAUCGUUUGUAUUUUUCAUGCAAAUGUGACAAACUCUACUAAUUUAAUUUUAGUGUUUGUGACCACUCGCAGUGGCCAUACAUAUACUUAUGUACAUUAUUUUUUUGGCUCGCUGCCUUAAAGGGGUGCGGCUGUCCGAGACUGUAAACAAUACGUGUACGCCGCCAACCUGGACGGGUGAACCAGGGAACAUACAAAACUACAAAGAAGAGGGACUCGCCCUGGACCAUCUGGCCACAUCGGAGAGUCAGAAUCCACCACAGUUCAGCAGCGGCCCUCUGACUUGGAAUAACAGCUAGCUAGCAAGGCAACCCAACUAAUUGAAAACGUUGCAAAUACCGCCAGACAGAGGAAGUUGUUGGAGGAUUAUCAAAGCACGCAUAUUUUCGUGGAGUAGUUUCUGUACACCCUUGAUCAGAUUAGCCCAGUACUCAUCACACACACCCCUACAAGCCACCAUGGAGGAUGACCUGAUGUUUAGUAUGGAGGAGGUGGGCAGUGCUCAGCAUAACCCAAGGAAACAGGGAACCCCAUGUCAACAUGCUCCAUCCAUUAGCGAAGCUAAUGAUAGCGGUGAGGACGACUACUACAUCUGUCCCAUCACAGACGACCCUGUCAGCCAGGCCAAAGACAUCUGUGACUAUCUGAAGAACCUGGUCCACAGCAAUCAGCUGCCCAACUCUCCCCAAAACUCCUUCAUGUACAAGAAUGAAACAGAAACAGAGAAGGAAACUCUACAACAACGGUCAGUCGAGUUUGGGGCGUUAUCUGACAAUGGACGGGUAGCGUGGAAUAGAGCCUUAGAGAAGGCCAAGGCCAUGCCUGAUCUCUGGGCUGAGUUUCACCUGGAGGAAGUCAAGACAGAGCCAUGCAUCCGAUACAGGUACAAGGCUAUCACAGCGGAGUGGCCAGUUUCUCAGCAAUUAUUGAUUUGUCUUUUUGGUUUCUCACAGCCUUUUGGACGCGGUGCCAUGAGGGAAUGCUUCAGAACGAAGAAGCUGUCUAACUUCUCCCACAGUAGUAACUGGAAGAGUGCGUGUAACUAUGUGACGAAGCGCUACAUGGAGCCUGUGGACAGGGAUGUGUACUUUGAGGAUGUCAGGCUGCAGAUGGAGGCCAAACUCUGGGGAGAAGAGUACAACCGCCACAGGCCACCCAAACAGGUGGACAUCAUGCAGAUGUGUGUGAUUGAGAUGAUGCAGCGUCCAGGUAAACCUCUGUACCACCUGGAACACUACAUCGAGGGGAAGUACACAAAAUACAACUCCAACUCUGGCUUCGUCAAGGACGACAACAUCAGGCUCACUCCACAGGCAUUUAGUCACUUCUCAUUUGAGCGUUCGGCCCACCAGCUGAUCGUGGUGGACAUCCAGGGGGUGGGGGACCUCUACACGGACCCCCAGAUCCACACAGAGAAGGGCAAAGGCUUUGGAAAUGGAAACCUGGGUGUGCGGGGCAUGGCGCUGUUCUUCCACUCCCACCUGUGUAAUAAGAUCUGUAAGAGUAUGGGCCUCACACCCUUUGACCUCUCCACUGCAGAGAAAAGCCAGCUGGACUGCACCAACAGACUGCUGAAGUCGGCCCAGACGGUACUGAGGGGUAGUGAGGAACAGUGUGGUUCAGCUCGUGUUCGUACCAUCUCAGUGGGCCGUGCGCCCCCACUUCUCUCCCGUCUGUCAGAGACUGGGGACAACACUAUAAGUGACUCCAUCCCCUGCUCGCCCCUCGCCUUCCCUGGCUCCCCCCUAGGACAGCACUUCUCUAUGGGCUCCAUGGGAAAGUCUCCUCUGGAUUGGUCUUUUGUAAAUGAGAUGGAUGAAGGGGAGAAACACAACAACCGCAGCCACGGCCCAGAACACAAGGACUCAGAGAAUGGAGGAGACAGUGGGUGUCCAAGUGAGAGGAGGAGUGAAGGGGACCCCAAUAACGGGGGACAUUACUCUUCCCUACACCAACACUCAGUCUUGCUGACAGAUGAGAAAUGGAGUGUCUACCACACUUCUCGUUCUCACGUCCACCGGCCAUCCUGUGUUGCUGUGGAGGUGGAGAGACUCGACUCCAUGAUCCUGGAGAGGAAGACCGGGAAGUCCAUCCUGGGGAAAGUCCACCUGGCGAUGGCAAAUUACCACGAGGGUGGUCGGUUCUGUGAAAAAGAGGAGCAGUGGGACCAGGACUCAGCCAUGUACCACCUGGAGACGGCAGCCAUGUGUGGGGAACUAGAGGCUAUCAUUGCCCUGGGACAGUGUUACCUACAGCUGCCACACCAUAUACUGUCAGAGAUUGAGCUAGAGGACAACUCAGGGAGCCGUAUGAAGGGUUUCAAGUUCCUGCUGCAGGCUGCUGAGGCAGGAGACAGACCCUGUAUGAUCCUGGUGGCCAGGGCCUUCGACACCGGCAUCAUCCUCUCACCAGACAGGUCCCAGGACUGGAAGGAAGCGGUGAGCUGGUACAACUGUGCCCUGAACAUGACGGACUACGACGAGGGGGGAGAGUUUUCCGGCAUGCAGGACGAGCCUCUCUACCUGCUGCUGGCCAGAGAGGCUGAGAUGUACCAGGAGGGGGGCCAUGGCCUGGACCGAGACCCACAGAGAGCAGGUGAUCUGUUCACACAGGCAGCAGACGCAGCCAUGGAAGCAAUGAAAGGCCGACUGGCCAACCAGUACUAUAUGAAAGCAGAGGAGGCCUGGGGCAUGAUGGAGGAGUAGAAGACAGAGGGGACGUCACUCUGCAAGGCCAAAGGAAUCGGCUAAUGUAGUGAUGGAUACUUCUCCCUAAUGUUUUAAAGUUUAGACACUUUCACUGUGAUUUCCUAAAUGCAGUGUGAGUGUAUGAUCUGUGUGUGACCAUUUAUGCAGCUGUCCUCUGGCCUAACUGUGUUUCUUGGUGAUAAAUUAAGGAAUUGUCUUUUAUUUUACACUUUCUGUUUAUAACUGGUUUUGUCUUUUCAUCUAUUUUCCCCUUUUCUAUUCCUGUCCCCAUUGCCCUUUUGGAUAGACAGUGUAUUCAGACCUCUUUACAUUUACAUUUAAGUCAUUUAGCAGACGCUCUUAUCUCUUGACUUUUUCCACAUUUUGUUACGUUACAGCCUUAUUCUAAAAUGUAUUAUUUUAUUUGUUUCUUCUCAUCAAUCUACACACAACCCCAUAAUAACAAAGCAUAAACAGGUUUAGAUUUUUUUUUGCAAAGUUAUAUUUAUUAAAAAAAAUUGAAUUAUCACAUUAACAUAAGUAGUGAGGACUUUGUUGAAGCACCUUUGGCAGUGAUUACAGCCUUGAGUCUUCUUGGGUAUGACGCUACAAGCUUGGCACACCUGUAUUUGGGGAGUUUCUCCCAUUCUUCUCUGCAGAUCCUCAAGCUCUGUCAGGUUGGAUGGAGAGCAUCACUGCACAGCUAUUUUCAGGUCUCCAGAGAUGUUUGAUCGAGUUCAAGUCCGGGCUCUGGCUUGGCCACUCAAGGACAUUCAGAGACUUACCCUGAAACCACUCCUGUGUUGUCUUGGCUGUGUGCUUCGGGUUGUUGUCCUGGUGGAAGGUGAACCUUGGCUCCUGUCUGAGAUCCUGAGCGCUCUAGAUUAGGUUUUCAUCAAGGAUCACUCUGUACUUUGCUCCGUUCAUCUUUCCCUCUGCUGACUGAUCUCCCAGUCCCUUCCUCUGAAAAAACCCCACCGCAUGAUGCUGCCACCACCAUGCUUCACCGUAGGGAUGGUGCCAGGUUUCCUCCAGACGUGAUGUUUGGCAUUCAGGCCAAAGAGUUCAAUCUUGGUUUCAUCAGAGCAGAGAAUCUUGUUUCUCAUGGUCAGAGUCUUGAUGUGCCUUUUGGCAAACUCCAAGCUGGCUGUCAUGUGCCUUUAACUGAGGAGUGGCUUCCGUCUGCCCACUCUACCAUAAAGGCCUGAUUGGUGGAGUGCUGUAGAGAUGGUCUCCACAGAGGAACGCUAUAGCUCUGUCAGAGUGACCAUCAGGUUCUUGGUCACCUACCUGACCAAGGUACCCUUCCCCAGAUCUGUGCCUCGACAUUAUCCUGUCCCGGAGCUCUAAGGACAAUUCCUUUGACCUCAUGGCUUGCUCUGACAUGUACUGUCAACUGUGGGACCUUAUGUAGACAGGUAUGUGCCUUUCCAAAUCAUAUCAAAUCAAUUGAAUUUACCACAGGUGGACUCCAAUCAAGUUGUAGAAACAUCAAGGAUGAUCAAUGUAAACAGAAUGCACCUGAGCGCAAUUCUGAGUCUCAUAGCAAAGGGUCUGAAUACUUAUGUAAAUAAGUUUUUUUUUAUAUAUACACAUUUACAAACAAUUCUGAAAACCUUUUUUCACUUUGUCAUUAUGGGGUAUUGUGUGGAGAUGGAUGAGAAAAAACAAUCCAUUUUAGAAUAAGGUUGUAACAAAUGUGUUAAAAGUCAAGGGGUCUGAGUACUUUCUGAAUGCACUGUAUGAAUGUGGUUGCAAUUUAGAAGCAAAUUACUAAACUGAAAAGAAGUUUGAUUUUGUAAAAUGAACAAAUAGCUUUUGUUGACUUUGUUGGUUUUGCCUAUCACUUCUGUAUGUUAGUAAUAGACUUAUCGAGUGCACUUGUUGCAUUGUUUGCAUGCUUGUGUAUAAAUUAAUGCAUGGAAGUAGCUAUAUGUAAAUGUCUCUUUGGAAUAAAUAAACAUCCAUUGCAUUGUAAA